AUGAAGCAUGUGCAACAUGUUGAUGUCUCUCUUAAGAGAAACAAUUUUCUGCAAUUUUCUGAAGACAAGUACAGGAAAAUCAAGUUCUGCUACCUUCAAUCCGAGACUGCCGAGCCUUAUUUGCGCCUCUCCGGUCUUGAUCGAGAUGAUGUUCUUCGUCGAUUUCUCUUCAUCGAGGGUCCUGGUGUGUUCCACCAAGGCUCCGCGGUUGCACUCAGAGUGGCCUCCUACUUGCCAUUCCCGUUCUCUGCUUUGAGCAUUUUUGGGGUUGUUCCGACUCCGAUCAGAGAUUUCGUGUAUGAUUAUGUUGCGAAACACCGCUAUGAAUGGUUCGGGAAGGAGAACGAUUUUUUGGUUCUGCAGGAGAAGGAAAUGCUCAACCGAUUCAUCGACAGAGAAUAA